CUCCAUGGUAACGACGCUCGGCCCGAAGAUGGCGGCCGAGUGGGGAGGAGGAGCGGGUUACUCAGGCUCAGGCCCGGGCCGGAGCCGGUGGCGCUGGAGCGGGUCUAUGUGGGUCCGAAGCGUUUUACUCCUGUUGGGCGGGCUCCGGGCCAGCGCCACAUCUACUCCCGUCUCCUUGGGCAGUUCCCCUCCCUGCCGGCACCACGUCCCCUCUGACACUGAGGUUAUAAAUAAAGUUCAUCUUAAGGCAAAUCAUGUGGUCAAGAGAGAUGUUGAUGAGCAUUUAAGAAUCAAGACUGUUUAUGAUAAAAGUGUUGAAGAGUUGCUCCCUGAGAAAAAAAAUCUUGUAAAGAACAAGCUUUUCCCACAAGCUAUUUCUUACUUAGAGAAGACUUUUCAGGUCCGUCGACCUGCGGGCACUAUCUUACUUAGCAGACAAUGUGCAACCAACCAAUACCUCCGGAAGGAAAACGACCCUCACAGGUACUGCACCGGGGAGUGUGCCGCGCACACGAAAUGCGGCCCUGUUGUUGUUCCAGAGGAACAUCUCCAGCAAUGCAGGGUCUACCGCGGUGGUAAGUGGCCUCAUCGAGCAGUGGGUGUGCCAGACCAAGAAGGCAUCUCAGAUGCAGACUUUGUUCUUUAUGUUGGUGCUCUGGCCACCGAGAGGUGCAGCCAAGAAAACAUCAUCUCUUAUGCAGCCUAUUGUCAGCAGGAAGCAAACAUGGACAGGCCAAUAGCAGGAUAUGCUAACCUGUGUCCAAAUAUGAUCUCUACCCAGCCUCAGGAGUUUAUUGGGAUGCUGUCCACAGUGAAACAUGAGGUUAUUCAUGCCCUGGGUUUCUCUGCUGGGCUGUUUGCAUUCUACCAUGACAAAGAUGGAAAUCCUCUCACUUCAAGAUUUGCGGACGGCCUCCCACCUUUUAAUUAUAGUCUUGGAUUAUAUCAAUGGAGUGAUAAAGUAGUUCGGAAAGUGGAGAGAUUAUGGGAUAUUCGAGAUAAUAAGAUAGUUCGUCACACUGUGUAUCUCCUGGUAACACCUCGUGUCGUUGAGGAAGCACGAAAACAUUUUGAUUGUCCAGUUCUGGAAGGAAUGGAGCUUGAAAAUCAAGGUGGUAUGGGUACUGAGCUCAACCAUUGGGAAAAAAGGUUAUUAGAGAAUGAAGCGAUGACUGGUUCUCACACUCAGAAUCGAGUACUCUCUCGGAUCACUCUGGCAUUAAUGGAGGACACUGGCUGGUAUAAAGCAAAUUACAGCAUGGCUGAGAAGUUAGACUGGGGCCGAGGAAUGGGCUGUGACUUUGUCAGGAAGAGCUGUAAAUUCUGGAUUGAUCAGCAGAGACAAAAGAGGCAGAUGCUGAGCCCUUACUGUGACACGCUCAGAAGUAACCCACUGCAGUUAACUUGCAGACAGGACCAGAGAGCAGUUGCAGUGUGUAAUCUGCAGAAGUUCCCUAAACCUUUACCACAGGAAUACCAGUACUUUGAUGAACUCAGUGGGAUACCUGCAGAAGAUUUGCCUUAUUAUGGUGGCUCUGUGGAAAUUGCUGACUAUUGCCCUUUCAGUCAGGAAUUCAGUUGGCAUUUAAGUGGUGAAUAUCAGCGCAGCUCAGAUUGUAGAAUAUUGGAAAAUCAACCAGAAAUUUUUAAGAACUAUGGCGCUGAAAAGUAUGGACCUCAUUCAGUUUGUCUAAUUCAGAAAUCAGCAUUUGUUAUGGAAAAGUGUGAGAGGAAGCUGAGUUACCCAGACUGGGGGAGCGGAUGUUAUCAGGUUUCUUGUUCUCCUCAAGGUCUGAAAGUUUGGGUCCAAGAUACUUCAUAUUUGUGUAGUCGGGCUGGGCAGGUCCUCCCCAUCAGUAUCCAGAUGAAUGGCUGGAUUCAUGAUGGAAACCUGCUCUGCCCAUCGUGUUGGGACUUCUGUGAGCUCUGUCCUCCAGAAACAGAUCCUCCAGCUACUAACUUGACCCGAGCUCUGCCACUGGAUCUUUGCUCCUGUUCCUCAAGCCUGGUGGUCACCCUCUGGCUUCUGCUAGGCAAUCUGUUUCCUCUACUGGCUGGAUUUCUUCUGUGUGUAUGGCAUUAGGAAUGGAAAAGUGGAUCUUCAAGAUAUCCUUUUAUGUUAUGUUCAUGUGAACAAAGCACAAAGUUUGAGCGAGUGCCAGCCUAUGCAGAUGGCAGAAGUGGCAUUCCUGGCUUUGGCUUGGAAGAGUUGACGACCAUCAGACCUUAAAGCAGAACUUCACAGCUCCCUGUCCUCAUCAGCAACCCAGCCACCUUCAUCAGCAACCCAACCACGUUCAUCAGCAACCCAACCACGUUCAUCAGCAACCCAGCCACCUUCAUCAGCAACCCAGCCACCUUCAUCAGCAACCCAACCACGUUCAUCAGCAACCCAGCCACCUUCAUCAGCAACCCAGCCACCUUCAUCAGC